AUGUUCCGGAGUCCGGACGGGAAGGGAAAUACCAAAACAAACAUGUUACGGUACGCCAUAUUAGCGGUACUACACUUGGUGUUGAUGGCCUCCUGCACCGACGUGGACUCUGACAAGGAAUUGGUCAUGGCUUUUGUGGUAAAUAGACAUGGUGAGAGGUCACCAGAUGCAGAUGAAUUGUCUCUGUCCGAUCAAAAAGAAAAACUCAAGAAUCUAACAUAUAUUGAAGGACUCGAAGGACUCACAAAUACGGGCAAGCGUCGGGCUUUUCAACUUGGUAAAUUCAUUCGUCAAAGGUACGGAUCUAAAGGGUUCGGGCUGUUAUCAGAUAUAUACUUUCAUGAGGAGAUAGCAUUGCGAAGCACUGAUAAGGAGAGGACUAAGAUGACAGCUCAAAUGGCCAUGGCCGCUUUAUAUCCGCCAACAAGCGAGCAACAGUGGGAUGAAUUUUUGGGCAAGUUGUGGCAACCAGUUCCAUACACCGCUGUACCGCUGUCUGAAGAUUACCUACGCUAUUACUCUAACUGCAAACGCUUCCGGGAUUUGAUCACGAAAGCUAAAGCAGAAGCUAUUAAAGGGGAGUUCCAGCAGUACCAAGACUUGGUGACACUAGUGAAGAAGGAAACGGGGAGGGACUUCAAUGAAGAUCCACUUUUGUUUCAAACACUGUUCGACUUGUUUAGAAGUGAGACAAGCCUUGGUCUAGAUAUUCCAGAGUGGGCAAAACCCCUGAUGCCUAAACUGGGUGAAGCUGCCCGACUCGCUUACAGAUUGUACUUCAGAAAUAACGAAAUGAAGAAAAUUGGAGGCGGAGUCAUUCUAAAUGAUUUUGUUAAAGCCGCUACAGAUAUUGCGGCAGAUAAAAAAGUAAAGAAACCUUUCCGUAUGUACUCGGCGCACGAUUUCAACCUUGGUGCCCUGAUGGAGGUGACCAAGGUCAUCAGGCAUGAACAGAGUAUACCUGAGUACGGGUCUCUGUUUGGUAUUGAACUGUACAAAUCAAAGAGCACAGGAGAGUUGAGUGUCAUGCCAAUCUAUUUACCUCGCGCCGGUGAUUCUGAAGUUCAAUCCCUUCACUUCACGGGAUGUGAAACAAGUAGCUACUGCGAUUUCAAGAAAUUCCAACAGAUGACUAAAGAAUACCUUCUGCCUGAGAAAGAAUUUUACAAGAUCUGUAAUAUACGGACUGAGCUG